ACACUAAACACAGACUUACAAAAAUAAAAAAAAAUCAACUCCAACAAUAGCGUUGCAGUAAUUGCGAUAAGAAACAUGGUUUCUGUCGUUUAGUGCUUUUUUUAAAAUUUAAGUUUAAAAUAACGUUCUGCUUUGGUAAGCGCCGGGCGGUGAGAUUCUGCGACUCGUUUGAAAAGAGAGGCGUAGAAAGUGUUUAUUUUCAGAAGUCAGUGAGAUGUGCUUCCUGUGAGAUAGCUCUCAAACGGGAUGUGAGAGUAGAAACGAGACCAGAUUGGGCUCGAAGCUGUUAGUGUUUAUAUAUGUUUGUGAAGAAGAAGAAAAAAAAACUGAUGUUCCUGGUCGGACUGGCGAAGACAGCAGUGGAGUUCAGCGGCGAGCCCCACUCCCACACCGCGGUCCUGGGCGAGACCGUCACACUGACCUGCUUCAUCCACCCGAAGGUCAGGAAGGAUGAUCUGGCGUGGGUGAAACUGUGGAAGCCGGCGAGGAACCACACCGAGACAGUCAAUGUGACAGAGAGCAAAAUGGUCUCCAUCAGACCAAAUGAUUCCUUCUGCAGCCUGGUGAUACGGGACCUGAAACACAGCGACAGCGGGCUGUACCAGUGCGUCCUGAGAGAAGGGGCAAGCCAGCAGUUCUCUCACGGGACCUACCUUCGGGUCAUCAGGCCCGCGCCCCCCAAGCUGUUGAACAUGAGCGAGGGGGCGAAGAACAAACUGAUCACAGCACAGGGAGUCUUACUGCUGCUGUGUGUCCUGCUGCCUGGGACUGUGCUGCUGUACCAGACAAAACAAAGGAAUAUGAGAAACUAUGAGAUGAAGUACAACAAGGAAGAGGAGGAGAAUAUCUAUGAGGGUUUGAACCCGGAGGAUUUAUCCUUGUAUCAUGAUCUGACCCAUACCACAGUGCGGAGCCCCUACCAGGACGUGGGAAGCCUGCAGAGCUACGACACCUCGCUGGAGAAACCAUGAGCCAACCAGAACACAGAACAGCGAAACACAGAACACACACACCGGAACCAGAACACAGAACACACACACCUGAACUGGA